CGCCUCCUCUCCUCAACCACCCGACCCCGCAUGGAUGUGUAACGCGUAAUCUACGCGACGGCGGUCACCAGGCCCCGCCCUUUGGGCGCCGAGGGGCCGUGCCCACAGUCGGGAGGCUGGGAAAAUCGUGACCAUGGCCUUGGCACCUGCUAAUCAGCCGGAAGUUAUUCGCGCCGCGCAGAAGGAUGAGUAUUAUCGGGGCGGCCUGCGAAGCGCGGCUGGAGCGGCCCUGCACAGCCUGGCGGGUGCUAAGAAAUGGCUGGAGUGGAGGAAGGAGGUGGAGCUACUGUCAGACAUAGCCUACUUCACCCUCACCACAUUUUCAGGGUACCAGACUCUUGGGGAAGAAUAUGUGAACAUCAUCCAGGUUGACCCAUCCAAGAGAAAAGUUCCUUCUUGGUUUCGCCGAGCCACACUGGUCUCUUUGCACACCCUUGUGCCCUAUGCACUGGACAAAGCCUUAGUCCAUCUCGAGCAUGAGCUGCAGGCCGAAGUGGAGAGUGCCAGGCACCUGCAGAACAGCCUUGUGCUUGGUGUCCGCAGUAGGUCGGCAGUGCGGCGAUGGGUUCACAGAUGGGUCCACCAUCUGUCAGAGCCACAGAAGAAGACGCUCCUGCGCGUAGUGAACUUUCUAAAACACAGCAUCACCUGUCUCCGCCGGCUGCACGUGGCCAUGUUCUACAUCGAUGGGAUCUUCUACCACCUGGCCAAAAGGCUCACAGGCAUCACAUAUCUCCGUGUGCGCAGUUUGCCCAGAGAUGACCACAACGUUCGCUGGAGCUACAGGCUUCUGGGGAUGGUGUCCUUGCUGCAUCUGACACUCUCAGUCAGCGUACAGAUCUACAGCUUCAGUCAGAGGCAGCGGGCCCGCAAGGAAUGGAAACUUCACCGCAGUCUCUCCCACCGCAAGAGCCACACAGAAGAGAAGUCUGUGGGCAGGAGCUCAGUGUGCACCCUAUGCCUAGAGGAACGAAGGCAUGCUACGGCCACCCCCUGUGGCCACCUCUUCUGCUGGGAGUGCAUCACGGAGUGGUGUAACACCAAGACAGAAUGUCCGCUCUGCAGAGAAAAAUUUCAUCCACAGAAACUGAUUUACCUGCGGCAUUAUCGUUAAUCCUAGAAAACCCAGAUCAAAGGGCAACGGAAGAAAAGGAAGAAGCUCGAGAUAUCAUGUCUUUAUUAAUGAACCAAAAGCAGAGUUCAUUUUAAUUUAUCCAGAAUUAUGAUGGUGACUUAACCUGCACUGAAAUUAUCAAGUAUUUUGUUUUGAAAUCACUGCAAUAAGGUACUUUGUCCACUGCUCAGAUAUUGGGGGGAGGUGCAAAGCAAAGCUAGGCCUAACCUGAUAACUAGAACUUUGGGGUACUGCAUUGUCCAUCCAGAAGGUAUGCAUGUACAUUACCCACAAAGGCAAACUCUCAUUUUCCUCAGAAAAUUCACCCUGAAUCUCAUGUACUGCCAAAUGUUUGUGUCCAUCUUUCUUUUUGAUUAGGCUGAGAUAACUUAGUUGACUCUUUUGAACAAAUAACACUCUAUCAUAUAAUUUCUUUCCCCAAUCCCUGUGCCAUUUGAAAACAGUUUCUGAGCAGAGAACAUUUGGCUUAUUCAGAAAAGGGCUCACUGUGCUUAUCAAAAAAAGCCAAGUUUUAGAUUUUCUUCCUUAACCCCCAACUAAUGUGCAGCUGAAACCAGAUCCUUCUGAAUUUACAUUCUAAGCAGUCAAUAAAGGUUUGUGUAGAUUUUAUGAUAUAAUAAUUUCAAUAUCAGGUUUAUUCAUGAAUGAAUGAUUUAGAAAACUUGUUAAUUCAUCCAAGAGCAACAGUUCAGCUUCAGGGGUUGAUCACCAAGUUGAAGAACUGCCCAAACCAUUCCCUACAAGUAGAAGGAAAACUUCUAUCCAUGUACCAGGACUUAUUUGUCAGCCUAAGCUCCGAAACUGGCACGUAUUUUUGAGGAAAAUGUCAGGUUAUUCUCCCAUAAAACAAAACAAAGCCCACCCUUCAGUCCACUGGACCAAAUGUAUCUAUUCUGCUACUGGAGAAGCUCAUGCUCUUGCUGGUGAUUCAGUUCCCUGCCUCUGGUGGGUGAUACCGCCUGCCUCCUCUGGGGGAGGGGCUCUUUUCCUGCCCACAAAGUCAGGCCAACUUAUGAAGACAUUCAUGAGCUACACAGAUUGUGAGUGUUAAUGAAGAUGUUGGCUUCUAUGAGGCUUUUCCACAGACAUCAUCAUGCAAUGUUAGAGACAUGGAGAGACCUUGACAAAAGCCUACGUUAGCCAAUCCAGAACCUCCUGUUGGCAAGGUGUCAUAGUGACUCUGACUUUAACCCAAUCCAAAUUAAGAAUGCCUUUUAUAAACUCUUGAAGAUCCCUUUCUUUUGGUCCAUCUAAUCUCUACUUCCUGUAUUCAUAAACUGUUAUCAAUCCACACAAAUCUGGAAAAAUAACAUUUUUCUACUCCAUCAAUAGUAGUAACAAUUGCUAUUGGUCAAAGAAUAACUCUCCUAACAAAUGACAUUUUAAAGGUACAACAGAGAAGACUUUCUCAAAUUUAAAUUUGUAGUGGAAAGAAUAUACCUUACAUCUUCAAAAAUGUUCUAAAGCAGCCCCUCUCAAUCAGCAUGUUGAAAGCCCAGAGAGGAAAAGGGGACUUACAAAAUGAAGAUAAUUUGUCUUUCCAAUGCAAACUAUUUCCCAAUUAACUUCUGAUAAAAGCUGCCUGCAACAACCCUUUAGUUCAGAAGGGAACAGUUAAAAGUUUCAAUUCAGGCCAAAUGAACCCCACAGAUUAGAAGUCCAAGUAUAACGGGUUAUAAGACCAGAGAAAAGUUAUUAAUACCAGCCAAACAGAAGGGUUCCUGCCAACAGAGUGGGGAAAACACAUGACCAGCUUCUAAAUAACCAUCCCCAGAAAACAAGCACCAUGAAAGAAACUUGCCCAGUGGAAAAGCUAAAUCAAAUGGCUUUACUUUUGCCAGGUUAAGCUUAACUAAGGGCAGAUUUUUAAGGUUGUGUUAAAAAAAGUUUUAAACAUGCUUAUACUGUUGUGUAAUUUUAAAAGUUAUAAAAAUCCUUUAAAUUCUCACUUUUACUAAGGGUGCAAUAUGAUGCUGCCACAUCUCAUUGCUUUGUAAAAAAAAUUUACAAGAGAGGGCAAUGAAUUAACUAUCAAAUACUUGAAAUGUCUUGUGAAAAUAAAUUUAUAGAUGAUAA